UCUUCUGUCUGGUCUCUACAGGCAAUCAGGCAAGCCCCAUGACAUUGGAUGGGUGAAAUAAAAGUCUAACCAUCUAGUGAGAGACAGAGAAGUUACAGAACCACUCCACCUAAACUGAGAAGAAAACAGACAAGGGAACAUGGCCUCAGAGAUCCACAUGUCAGGCCCAGAGUGCCUCAUCGAGAACACUAAUGGGCGACUGUUGGUUAAUCCGAAAGCUCUGAAGAUCCUGUCUGCCAUUCAGCAGCCCGUUGUGGUGGUGGCUAUCGUGGGCCUCUACCGCACCGGCAAAUCCUACCUGAUGAACAAGCUGGCUGGGAAGAACAAGGGUUUUUCUCUGGGCUCCACGGUACAAUCUCACACGAAGGGCACCUGGAUGUGGUGUGUGCCUCAUCCCAAGAAGCCAGACCAUACUCUAGUUCUGCUUGAUACUGAGGGCCUGGGGGAUGUGGAGAAGGGUGACAACCAGAAUGACUCCUGGAUCUUUGCCCUAGCAAUACUCCUGAGCAGCACUUUUGUGUACAAUAGUAUGGGAACCAUCAACCAGCAGGCCAUGGACCAACUUCACUAUGUGACGGAGCUCACAGAUAGAAUCAGGGCAAAAGUCUCACCUGAAGUGGAUGGGGUUGAGGAUUCAGCUGACUUUGUGAGCUUCUUUCCAGACUUUGUAUGGACACUGAGGGAUUUCUCCCUAGACUUGGAGGCAGAUGGACAAUCCAUCACAGCAGACGAGUACCUGGAGAAUUCACUCAAGCUUAAGAAAGGUACCAGUCAAAAAGAUAAAAAUUUUAAUCUGCCUCGACUCUGUAUCCGGAAGUUCUUCCCAAAGAAGAAAUGCUUUAUCUUCGAUCGGCCCACUAAUAGGAAGAAACUGGGCCAGCUUGAGAAACUGUGUGAUGAUGAGCUGGACUCUGAAUUUGUGCAACAAGCUGCAGUCUUCUGUUCCUACAUCUUUAGAAAUUCCAAAACUAAAACCCUUUCAGGAGGCAUCAAGGUCAAUGGACCUCGUCUAGAGACCCUGGUGCAGACCUAUGUCAAUGCCAUCAAUAGCGGGGAUCUGCCCUGCAUGGAGAAUGCAGUCCUGGCCUUGGCCGAGAUCGAGAACGCAGCUGCAGUGAAAAAGGCCAUUGCCCACUAUGACCAGCAGAUGGGCCAGAAGCUGCAGCUGCCCACGGAAACCCUCCAGGAGCUGCUGGACCUGCACAGGACUAUUGAGAAGGAGGCCAUUGAAGUCUUCAUGAGGAGGUCCUUGAAAGAUAUAGACCAUAUAUUUCAAAAGGAAUUAGCGGCCCAGCUAGACAAAAAGCGAGAUGACUUUUGUAACAAGAAUCUUAAAGCAUCAUCAGAUCAUUGCUCAGCUUUACUUAAGGAUAUUUUCAGUCCUCUAGAAGAAGGUGUGAAAAAGGGGAUUUAUUCUAAACCAGGAGGCUAUCGCCUCUUCAUUGAAAAGAUACAAGAGCUGAAGAAAAAGUAUCUUCAGGAGCCCAGGAAGGGAAUACAGGCUGAAGAAAUUCUUCAGGAAUAUUUGAAGUCCAAGGAGUCUGUGAGUGGUGCAAUUCUACAGACAGACCAGACUCUCUCAGAGAAGGAAAAGUUGAUUGAAGUGGAACGUGUGAAAGCUGAAUCUGCGCAGGCUGCAGCAAAAAUGCUGGAGGAAAUGCAAAUAAAGAAUCAGCAGAUGAUGGAACAGAAAGAAAAGAGUUAUCAGGAACAUGUGCAACAACUGACUAAGAAGAUGGAGAGGGAUAGGGCCCAGUUGCUGGAAGAGCAAGAGAGAACUCUCUCUCUCAAACUUCAGGAACAGGCCCGACUACUACAGGAAGGAUUCCAAGAAGAGAACAGACGACUUCAUAAUGAAAUACAGAAUCUCCAGAAGAAGAUGAACAAACCAAGGCAGCAAUGUUGCCUAAGCUAAAGAAGUAAAAAAUAGAGCUUUCCUGGUCACUCUUAUCAGAGGCAUUACUCAAGCAGUUUAAAAUUAAGAAAAAUGUCACCACACUUGAUAAUAUUUAGAUUUCACAGUUUUAUUAUACUAAAUAUUCGCAAAGACAUGCAGUACUAUAAUUGAAAUCAUGUCCAUCUUCCUCACAAUAUUGUAAACUGUGUAACAAGAUGCAUUUUACCUCUGUGCCAACCCAGGAGGUAUCAUAACCUGGUACCACCCAGGAGCUUAUUCUUCCAGAUGACUAUGAGUUAGACAAGUGGAUACUGAGCAAAGUCUUAGGUUAAAGUCUUGGGACAUAGUUGGUCAUGGGUUUGGCCAAGUGCACAAGUUCCAAUAUCAGGGACAACCAUUCUAGCUUCUUAGUGAAGACAGUAUACAGUGUCCCAUUGUUUCAAGACUGCAUAUUCUGUCAGCAAUGAUGUGAUUCCUGGACACUGGGAAUGGGCAAUGCUUACUGGUGAAUUCCAAGCUAAAGCAAAUCACCUUACAUAGUGAUCUAGAAGCUCUACAGAAUUUCCAUAGGAAGAUGGAAGAAACCAUUAGCAUGAGUAUGAGUUGGAUCAUAAAUAAAUGGGCUAAAGAAGGAAACUUUCCCUUCUUGCUCAGUUCAACCAGAUUAUAACUUUAAUGGGACUCUUUAGAACUUUAGGUAAGUGACCCUGGACUAAACAUAGUAACAUGAUGACAAUUAUACAUUGUGUGUUUGUAGCAAUUUAUAAUUUGCAAAGAUGAACUUGAAAUGAUGACUGAUAAUGUGUUAGAAAACUGAGCUGAAUUAAUUAUUAGAUCAUUUAUAACCCUAGAGUUUAGGCUAUCUUUUCCCAAUUCUUAAGAGUCAUACUUGAAAGCCUGCUUAUUUUCCCCCAAGAGAAUAUGGGUUGUUUUUUACUUUUUUUGACCAGUAAAGUAAUGCUCUUGAUAUUACUUAGUAUAGACUUUAUCACAAUUGUCAAAAGCCCUAGGUAUGUGGUUGAAGUUUCUUAAAGCAAUUGAGAAUUAUUUUCAAUCUGGAAAUAAAUUAUGCAUCACUGAA